AUGACGGAUUUUGCGGAUCGACCGGGCGAAGAGACGUAUUUCGCCAAACCCGAGCACUUUUUUCCGCAUUUGGUGGACGGCGGCAAAAUUCCGACUGAACAAUUUUUGAGCGCUUGCCAGGGAAUUGCCGAUUUUGUUGGUGGGUUGGUUUUGGGAUGAAAAUCAAGAAAUUUGAUGUUUUUAGGUGAAAAAUCAUGAAAUUUCACGAUUUUUGACCUAAAAUUCAUGAAAAUAUUGAUUUUCAGGUGAAAAAUCAUAUGAAAUUCAGCUCUGGAGCUCAAAAUGGUGAAAUUUAACUAUUUUAUACCUGAAAUUUAUCAAAAUAUCGAUUUUUGGGUGAAAAUUGAGCCCUGGAGCUCAAAAUCAUGGAAUUCCACGAUUUUUAACCUAGAGUUGAUGAAAUUAUCAAUUUUUAGGUGAAAAUUAAGCUCUGCAGCUCAAAAUGAUGAAAUUUCACUAUUUCUGGCCUGAAAUUGAUGAAAAUAUCGAUUUUAAGGUUGAAAAUUAUGUAAAAUUGAACUUUGGGGCUCUAAAUUAAUGAAAUUAUUGAUUUUUAAGUGAAAAAUAAUGUAAAUUUGAGUUCUGGAGCUCAAAAUUAUGUAAAUUUGUUAUUUCUGACCUAAAAUUCAUGAAAAUAUUGAUUUUCAUGUAAAAUGAAGCUCUGGAGCUCAAAAUUAUGAAAUUUCAUGAUCUCUGACCCGAAAUUGAUGAAAAUAUCGAUUUUCAGGUGAAAAAUCAUGUAAUUUUGAGCUCCGGAGCUCAAAAUUAUGAAAUUUCAUGAUUUCUGACUUGAAAUUGAUGAAAAUAUCGAUUUUCAGGUGAAAAUUGAGUUCUGGAGCUCAAAAUUAUGGAAUUUCAUGAUUUCUGACUUGAAAUUGAUGAAAAUAUCGAUUUUCAGGUGAAAAAUCAUGUAAAAUUGAGCUCUGGAGCUGAAAAAUGUGAAAUUUCAUGAUUUUUGACCGGAAAUUGAUGAAAAUAUCGAUUUUCAGGUGAAAAAUCGUGUAAAAUUGAGCUCGAGAGCUCAAAAUUGUGAAUUUUCAUGAUUUUUGACCUGAAAUUGAUGAAAAUAUCGAUUUUUAGGUGAAAAAUCGUGAAAAUUGAGCUCUGGAGCUCUAAAUUAAUGAAAAUAUCGAUUUUUGGGUGAAAAAAAUGUAAAUUUGAACUCUGGAGCUCAAAAUCAUGGAAUUUCAUUGAAAUUCCAUGAUUUUUAACCCAAAAUUGAUGGAAAUAUCAAUUUUUGGGUUAAAAAUCAUGUAAAUUUGAGUUCUGGAGCUCAAAAUUGUGAAAUUUGAUGAUUUCUGACCUAAAAUUGAUGAAAAUAUCGAUUUUUGGUUAAAAAUCAUGGGAAAUUGAGCUCUGGAGCUGAAAAAUGUGAAAUUUCACGAUUUUUGACCUAGAAUUGAUGAAUUUAUUGAUUUUUAGGUUAAAAAUUAUGUAAAAUUGAGCCCUGGAGCUCAAAAUGGUGAAAUUUCAUGGUUUUAGGUGAAAAAUCAUGUAAAAUUGAGCUCUGGAGCUCAAAUAUGUGAAAUUUCAUGAUUUCAGACUAUAAAUUGAUGAAAAUCUGGAUUUUCAGAUGAAAAAUCAUGUAAAACUUAGCUCUGGAGCUCAAAAUCAUGAAAUUUCACGAUUUUUGACCUGAAAUUGAUAAAAUUAUCGAUUUUCAGGUUAAAAAUCAUGUAAAAUUGAGCUCUGCAGCUCAAAAUUAUGAAAUUAUUGAUUUUUUGGUGGAAAAAUCAUGUAAAAUUGAGAUCUGGAGCUAAAAAUCAUGAAAUUUCAUGAUUUCUGGCCUGAAAUUAUCGAUUUUUAGGUGAAACAUCAUAUAAAAUUGAGCUCUGAAGCUCAAAAUUAUGAAAUUUCAUGAUUUUUAACCUAGAGUUGAUGAAAUUAUCAAUUUUUAGGUGAAAAUUGAGCUCUGGAGCUCAAAAUUGUGAAAUUUCAUGAUUUUUGACCCGAAAUUGAUGAAAAUAUCGAUUUUCAGCUGAAAAAUCAUGUAAAAUUGGGAUCUGGAGCUGAAAAAUAAUGAAAUAUCGAUUUUUAGGUGAAAAAUCAUGUAAAAUUGAGCUCUGGAGCUCAAAAUUCAUGAAUUUUCACCUUAUUUUGCUCAAAAAAUCCCCAAUUUUUCCAGAAUUUCUCGGAAAAGCCUUCAUUUUGGUGAAAAACGAUAUUCAAGGAAAUGUGAACAAAGUUCGAGCAAAAUACGAGACAAAUAAAGAAUCACAAGUGUAUCUUCAAGAUUUAAUCGAUUCGGAUUUGGCUGAAAAUGGCGGCAAAUUCGGAAUCGCAACUGAAGGAUUACUGUGGUUGAAAAGAGGAUUGCAAUUUAUGCUGGAAAUGUUGACACAAAUGGUUAUUGAAUAUCGAUCGAAUUCGGAUCAUAAGAAGACGGAGAAUUUGACUGCGGUUGUAGAUCAAGCUUAUCAGAAGUCGUUGAAAAGACAUCAUGGAUUUUUGCCAAGACAGGCUUUUAAGGUAAAAAAUUGUAGAAAAUGAUGAAUUUUGAGCCAAAAUUCAUCGAAACUCCUGAAAAUUGACUCUAAACUUGGAAAAACCACAUUUUUUUAUCAUUGGAGCGCGUUUGCUUCUCCGAAUUCAAAAUUUUCCUGUAAAAAUACGAGUUCUAUACUAAAAAUGAUGAAAAAUGCUAAAUUUCAUAAUUUCCCGCCGAAAUUCAUAGAUUUAGCGCUAAAAUCGAUAUUUUAUCAUUGGAGCGCACUUGUUUCUCCGAAUUCAAAAUUUUUGAUCGAAAUUCCGUGAAAAAGCGAUUUUUGAAGUUAAUUUUGAUGAAAAAUGUCAACUUUUGACCGAAAAUUCAUCGAAACCUCUGAAAAUUGACUCUAAACUUGAAAAAACCACAUUUUAUCCUUGGAGCGCGUUUUCUUCUCCGAAUUCCAAAUUUUUGAUCGAAAUUCCGUGAAAAAGCGAUUUUUGAAGUUAAUUUUGAUCAAACCCCCACCAAACACAUUUUAUCAUUGGAGCGCACUUGCUCUUCCGAAUUUGAAAAAUUAAUAAUGCGAUUCACCAAAUCCAUUCGAACUCAAAUAUUUUCUAUAAUCCUGAAACCGAUUCAAUAACAACAAAUUCAAAACCGAUUGAUCGAAUCGAAAACAUUUGGCAUAAACAUCGUAAUGAUUGAGAGGAGCAAAUUGACAUUUGAGUUGUGCUCCUUCAGGAUUCAUACAUUUCUCAUCCAAUGCACAAAGAAUCCACCAUUUUAGAAUGUCUAGAGAAUCGCGACUCCUGGCGAAAUAUAUAAAAUUGGCGCCCAAUUGAACACUACGUUUUAGAAGAGCAAUUGAAGAAGUUGGAAAAUAUUCGAGAAGAUUUGGAUGAAGCACAGCAAAAUUGCUGUGCUUUGUUGGAAUUGUGAAAAUUAUAUCUGAUUGCAAACUGUCUCCCCUUGCUCGCUCCUCAUAAAUUCUAUCUAGAUGUUCGGAAGAUUCUAGAAUAAUAUGAGCAUCCAUCCACCAAAUAUUUGAAUAUUCUCGAAGAAGUUCUCCAAUUAUUAGAGGUUUCCAUCGAUAUUCCAUCAAAUUUUCCACAUAUUUUGGAUAUUUUGAAAAAUUGAACUGGCGAAUUUCGAGGUUUUCGAAAUCUUCAAGUAGUUUUUCACUAUUUGAUUGAUCUAGUCCCAUAGUGUAUAAGAUGUAUUUUUGAUUCGGAUAAUAUUUGCGAAUUGAUUCCAGCUACAAAUGUUUUUUUUCAUGAUUCGGAAAAUCCUAAUUUUCACCAAAAUCUCUAGAGCUCACAUAUUACCCAAAAAUAUUCCCUGUUUAUUUCUAGAAUAUUUUUUUCGGUGAGAUUUUGGUGAAAAUUUGGUUAAUCUGGUACGAUUGCGUGAUUUUUAACGAUUUUUUGAAGAAAAAAUCGAGAUUUUAAGUGAAAUCUAUGUUCUCGAGUAGUUUUCGACCCGCUGAUCACGAUUCUGUUGUCUAAAAUUGCAUAACUCAACUCCUAACAUGAGUUAUGGCAAAGUUUGAAAAUUCGACUUCAGCAGGUCGAAACUCGCCUUCAUAAUGAUUUUCAUGAAAAUCUGGUAGCAUAGCGGUGUUCAGGAAGGCUCUUUCUGAACUCGCAAUUUUUCAAACUUUGCCACGUCAUAACUCAUGUUAGGAGUUGAGUUAUGCAAUUUUAGGCAACGGAAUCGUGUCGAAAAUUACUAGAAAACAUCUACCUUUUUAAUAAAAUCCCAGUUCCCUUACCGAUUUUUUUGUGAAUUCGAAAUGAUCAUUCGAAGUUGCUGAUACAAAUAUCACAUUUUUCGAAUCCCUCGUCGUCUUUUUCGUGUCCUCCUCCUCCAGAAUCCCAAAUUCUCUCAAUAUUUUCAAACUCGAACAAUCGAAUUUCUUGUAAAAAAUUGAUGGGUUUAGCGGAUCUGCAUAGCAGAAAUUGUGAUUUUCACAUGAGCAAUUUGAAAUUGGAAUUGGAGCCAAUUUAUGCUCAUAUUUCUCAUUUGGUUCUGGGUGUUUGGAGAGUAAAAUGUAGAUGAGAAAUAGAAGAGCAACAAAACGCCACAUGAAAUUGGAGAAAGAAAAAUGAAGCAGAUUUGAAUCGGUGAUUUAUCCCACAAGAAACAUCUCCGAAGAUUUUUUUUAAAAAUAAGACGGAACAUAGAUAGGAUCUGGUUAAAAAUCACUUUUUUCGCCUUAAAAUUUGGGAAUUUCAUGAUUUUUCACAUGAAAAUUGUCAUUUUCCAUUGAAAACUGCACAAAAUUCAUCAAAAAUGAGCAUUUCAGGCUCAAAAUUCGGGGUUUUCUCCAAAGUAGCUCGAAGUGAUCGGAAAAUGGUCAAUUUCGGCUCAAAACGCUCAUUUUUCACUAAAAACUUCUAAUUUCCUGUCAAAAUUCCCAAGUUCUCUUAAUUUUCAUAGAAAAUGGCUCCAAAUUCUUUUAAAAUGCUCAAUUUGAGCUCAAAACUACUCGAAAUGCUCAUUUUUCACUAAAAGCUUCCAAUUUUCUUCGAAAACAACUUGAAAUUUUUCAAAAAUGCUCAAUUUCGGCCUGAAAUACCUGAAAUUUCCCAUUUUUCAUGAAAAGCUUCCAAUUUUCAUAUAAAAUGGCUCAAAAUUCUUUUAAAAUGAGCAAUUUCGGCUCAAAACUCCUCAAAAUGCUCUUUUUUCACUAAAAGCUUCAAUUUUCAUAUAAAAUGGCUCAAAAUUAUCCAAAAAUGCUCAUUUUUCACUAAAACCUUCAAAUUUUCAUAUAAAAUGGCUCCAAUUCUUUUAAAAUGAGCAAUUUGAGCUCAAAACUACUUAAAAUGUUCAUUUUUCACUGAAAGCUUCCAAUUUUCAUAGAAAAUGGCUCAAAAUUAUCCAAAAAUGCUCAAUUUUAGCUCAAAACACCUCAAAAUGCUCAUUUUUCACUAAAACCUUCCAAUUUUCAUAUAAAAUGGCUCAAAAUUAUCCAAAAAUGCUCAAUUUUGGCUCAAAACUACUUAAAAUGCUCAUUUUUCACUAAAACCUUCAAAUUUUCAUAGAAAAUGGCUCAAAAUUCUUUAAAAAUGCUCAAUUUUGGCUCAAAAAAUCUGUAAUUUUCAGAUGCUCUCGCACGCAGUUCCCUACCGUCAUACAAUUCUAAAAGCCGUCGCGUUGGGCAAAGAUAAUUUGGACGAGAUUUGCAUUCAACACAUCGAAGCACAUUUGGACAAUUUCCGACUAAAUGUUCAGACUUUGGUCGAUUAUUAUGUGUCGAAGAAUUUGGAAACUCCUGAACCUUAG